UGUGUUGGAGCAUGUGCGAUGUGGUUGGCAGUAAAUCACUGUGUGUAGUUAAAUUGAUUGACGCUUUUCUUUAGAGCUGAUUACGUUGUUCCGAGCAUUAAUAUUGUUGUGAACGCGCGCGCGCCCAUGCCUCGAGCACGCGGGUCGCGUUGCUUCUGCUUUAAGGAAGUUGUGCAAGGUGUACUUUUCAAGGUCCAAGGUAGGCGUUUUAGCUCAUUAACCUUCUUUCUAUUAUGUUGUCCUCGGUCUUUAUUCAGGGGCGAUACAAUUUUGGAUACUCUUCCCGGUUUUACAGUUUGUCUGAGCCAUCCGUCUUGCCAUGGGCGGCCUCCUGGAAGAGGCCUCUGAAGGGGCCAGUACCCUGCAGCCAUCGCUGACUUGUUCUGCCCAGUUGGUGCCGUCUUAACCACGUCAUGACAGAGUCCUAACACUCAAAGAAAGGGGGGAAAUAGUGACAUUUUAUUUCAAUAGCAGUAAAAGAAACUAGCGGAGCUGUGAUGGAUCUUCUCCUUUCCCUGAGGCUUUUAUGGCUCAUGCCUCUGGCCUGGACGCUUGGAGGGUGCUCCCCCUCAAUGGAGGGCAUAUCACGCAAAACUAUACCCUACCACAAAGACCACGGUCAGCUGUUCCAUGAGGCGGGGGUGUGGAACUACUCCACCAUGCUGCUGAGAGAAGAGCUGGGCCUGCUGCUGCUGGGGGCCCGCGACACCAUCUAUGCCCUGGACCUGGACAACAUCUCAGACAAGAAGGCUUCAGUCAAAUGGGAAGUACCUGAGGCAAAACAAACCGAAUGUAAAAAUAAAGGGAAAGAUGCAGAGAUACACUGCAAGAACUAUAUUCGGGUCCUGCACACCCUGAGUGAUGGACGGAUGUAUGUUUGUGGGACCAAUGCCUUUGACCCAGAGUGUGACUUAAUGUCCUACAAAGAUGGAAACCUCAUUCUUGAGAAGGAGGUUUCCAUAGGGGAUGGGAAAGGAAAGUGUCCCUUCGACCCGUUCCAGACCUAUGCCUCCAUCAUGGUUGACGAUAACCUGUAUUCGGCCACCUCCAUGAACUUCCUGGGCUCUGAGCCUGUGGUCAUGCGUAGCUCCUCUAUCUCCAUACGCACCGAGUUCAAGAGCUACUGGUUAAACGAGCCCAACUUCAUCUCCAUGGCCCAGGUGCCAGAGAGCAAGGACAACAGCGAGGGAGACGACGACAAGGUGUACCUCUUCUUCAACGAGGCCGCGCUGGAGUACGACUCGUACAGCAAACUUAUGGUUUCCCGCGUGGCCCGAGUUUGUAAGGGGGACCUCGGGGGCCAGAGGACGCUCCAGAAGAAGUGGACGUCGUUCCUGAAGGCCAGGUUGGACUGCCCCGUGCUGGAGUCCAAGCUGCCCUUCACCAUCCAGGACACGUUCCUCUUAUGCGAACCGCAGGUGUCCUGGAAGGAGUGCCUGUUCUACGCCGUCUUCACCCAGCAGCCGCACUCCCCUGCGCUGACGGCGGUGUGUUCGUACCGCGUGGCCGACAUCAGCGCUGUGUUCUCCAAAGGGAAGUACAAGAACCCGUUACCCGUAGAAACAUCCUACGUGAAGUGGGUCAUGUACAGCGGAGACGUCCCCUCUCCCCGGCCCGGGGCUUGUAUAGACAAUGAGGCUCGUAAACAGGGCAUUAAUCAGACACUGGACCUCCCAGACCGGACCCUUCAGUUCGUCAAAGACAGGCCGCUCAUGGACCAGGCCGUCCCGCCAAUCGGAGUGGGACCCCUGCUGGUACAGAGAGGAGCUGCGUUCUCGCGGAUCGUGGUGACCCGUGUGGCGGCCUUUGAUGACCAGAAGUACCACGUGGCGUUCAUUGGCACAGAGAGUGGCACUCUGGUGAAGGCUGUGAACUAUGAUGGAAAGAUGUUUAUCAUAGAGGAGGUGCAGCUAUUCCCCUCCCGAGAGCCAAUAAAAGUGCUCAAAUUAUCUGAGGCCAAGGGCUAUCUGUAUGCAGGCUCUGCGUCUGGAGCAGUGCAGAUGCCACUAGCCACCUGUGGGAGGUCUCUGUCCUGCAUGGACUGUGUCCUAGCCAGAGACCCCUACUGUGGCUGGGACCAAACCACAUCUAAAUGUAUCGCUCAUCUCCAUGGGCAAAGUGAACUGAUCCAGAGUGUGAAAAACGGAGAUGCAUCUCUCUGUCCAGCCGCCGGCACUGUGACGCCCGUCAAUGAGUCCAUCUGGCUGAGGAGCAACCUCAGACUGCCGUGCCGGCCCCCGUCCAACCUGGCGGCGGUCAGCUGGCAGAGGGACACCAUCCCCCUAGCCCCGUCGGACCACUAUCAGGUGCUGCCAGACGGCCUGCUCAUCUCCAACGCCUCGGCCCUCCAUGCCGGCCACUACCGCUGCUUGUCUCUGGAGCGAUCCACCGCUGGCGACUACACCAGCGUGGUGGCCGACUACCAGGUGGGACUCGUCGCCGGGGAGUGGCCGCUGAGUCCCGAGGCCCGGCAGGAUGGUCCCUCGGUGGCCGGGCUGCAGGUGACGGUGGGGAUACUGGUGGUACUGCUCGCCGGGCUCCUCACCUGGAACCUCCUCAAGGGCCACCUGCCUCUUCCUUGUAAGCGCAAAGACGACGGGAGUGGAGAGUCUGGAUACGGCUCAGCCCAGCCUGCCGGGCUGGAGGCCGGAAAAAACCACUCUGGCCGGGGGACUGGCGUUAGGAAUGGGGAAAAUGUUGUCCUUCAAACGGACGAACCCAAGCAGUUCAUAGGCGAUGAGUCUGAAAUAUGAAUGUCUGAAUCCCACUUGCGUGAGCAACGACAUUGGUUUUGUUUUUUUAUUAUGCAAGGAUACCUUUGUUCUUUUACUCCUGGAAUGUUUGUUUAUUAACUCAUGUUGUAGGAUAUGAAAAGAUUUAUUUUAGGACUGUAAUUGAUUGUAUAUAAGUGCUUUUUAUAACUGCCAAUUCCUUCUUUUACACUUACUUUUGAAAAUUGCCCAUCAAUUUAACACUUGUCCAGGCCUACAGCUAUCGUUUGGAUUUAAAUAUUUGGCUAGUGUUAUACUGUGAGUAUUUUGUAGGAUAUAGGAGCAUAUCCUUUGCUGAAUAGAAAAUACUUAAUCCUCCUGGUGCGAAACAACAUCCAGCUUGCAAAGAAUUCAGUGCUUCUGCAAUUUCAAUUGCAACAGGCUCACAUUGCAGAGGCUGUCUGCAAAGACAGAUGGUCUGCCACAACAUACGCAGACACAAUCAGUCUGUGGUUUUUGCUGUAGCAAAAAUAAUCUCUUCCGUUCCAUCCUGUGACAGACUACGAAAUAAAAAAAGAACCGUUGCAAAAGAA